AUGAAGUCCGUGCUGUUCAGCCGCUUCUUCAUCCUCCUGCCCUGGAUCCUAAUCGUCAUCAUUAUGCUCGACGUGGACACGCGCAGGCCCGCGCCCCCGCUCACCCCGCGCCCCUACUUUUCUCCCUACGUGGUGGGCCGCGGGGGCGCCCGACUCCCGCUCCGCAGGGGCGGCCCGGACAGCGGCCACCGGCGCGGCUGGGAGAAGCGGAACGACUCGCGGCCACAGCCGCGGCCGCGGCCCGAACCGCCUCUGCCCACCAUCUAUGCCAUCACGCCCACCUACAGCCGCCCGGUGCAGAAAGCCGAGCUGACCCGCCUGGCCAACACUUUCCGCCAGGUGGCGCAGCUGCACUGGAUCCUGGUGGAGGACGCGGUGGCGCGCAGCGAGCUGGUGAGCCGCUUCCUGGCGCGGGCCGGACUGCCCAGCACUCACCUGCACGUGCCCACACCGCGGCGCUACAAGAGGCCCGGACUGCCGCGCGCCACGGAGCAGCGGAACGCCGGUCUCGCCUGGUUGCGCCAGAGGCACCAGCACCAGCGCGCGCAGCCCGGAGUGCUCUUCUUCGCCGACGACGACAACACCUACAGUCUGGAGCUGUUUCAGGAGAUGCGAACUACACGCAAAGUCUCUGUCUGGCCAGUGGGCCUGGUUGGUGGGCGACGCUAUGAACGUCCGUUGGUGGAAAACGGCAAAGUCGUGGGUUGGUACACCGGCUGGAGAGCAGACAGGCCUUUUGCCAUCGACAUGGCAGGAUUUGCUGUAAGUCUUCAAGUCAUCUUGUCCAAUCCAAAAGCCGUAUUUAAGCGUCGUGGAUCCCAGCCAGGGAUGCAAGAAUCUGAUUUUCUAAAACAGAUAACAACAGUUGAAGAACUGGAACCAAAAGCAAGUAACUGCACCAAGGUCCUCGUGUGGCACACUCGGACAGAGAAGGUCAACCUAGCCAACGAGCCGAAGUACCGCCUGGACACAGUGAAAAUUGAGGUAUAAACUGAAGCAGCAGCUGGUGCAGUUUGCCGGCUAGUGGACGUGGGAGAGGAGCCCCGAGGUCAGGCUGCAGAACAUUCAGGUAUUGUUCGCUUGGCUUCAGGACGACAGCCCAUGUUGGCAUCUGACAGACAUCUGACAAGGCGUCUGUUUCAGCAGAGCUGGUCAGUUCACACAGCUGAUGGGGUGGCAGCAAGUGUACGUUUUGUUUUCAUUUGUUCUGCGUGUCUUCCCUACAACUGAACUGGUCUUUGUACAGUACAGCUAGUGCCACUGCAGGGUUCCGUUGUGAGUACCUUACGUACUUUUUUUUUUCCCAUUUGGCCUUU